AUGGCAAUUACUUACCCACGUCCUUGUCCUAUCUGUGGAACCAAAAUUAAGAAUCGAGGAAAUUUCUUCCGUCACAAAAAGUAUUGCGGUACUAAUACAAGAGCACCAUGCCUACAUUGUGAAAAAACGUUUUGUCGUAAAGACAAAAUGGUGGCUCACGUCAAGAAGUGUCACUCCGAAGCAGCGAAGCGGAAGGCGGAAGAAAGUGCUGAACUCUUACGUCUAGAGUUAUUGAAUUCUGGAAAGAUACCGCGAUUAGAUGUUGAAGAACAGACCGGCGGAGCAGUGAGCACCCGCGGAACCAAGCGUUCAGCUGAAGAUUCCAAUCCUGAUGUGAAGAUGGCAAAGAGGGAACCCGAGAGCAGUGAAACCAAGACUGAUGGCGGUACAGGUCCGUUGUUUCAAGCCAACAUUGCCAAGAUGGGGACUCCUAAAAAAUGGAAAAAGGGCAAAGUCAUUGAUCAAAAAUUUACGUUUACGUUGGACUAUGUACGGGACCCAAAACCAGAGGAAGAUUUAGGGGUAGAAGCAGCUUAUGCGUUGACCGAAGGCAUGGAUACUAUGGUGGAAGACAUGGAGAUUGACCUAAAGAACUAUGACCUGGCACUUCAAAUUGGAAGCAAG